CACUGUUCUCAGAAGGUUGAUUGUUUUUGUGAGGAUUUCUUAUCUGGGAUCUCUCUCACUAGAAAAAUAAUAAUAAACAUUACUUGUAGUAAUAUAUACACUUGCAAAAGUUCUUUCUUUUCAUAUUUUUUCUUUAGAACUUGCUUUAUUUUUUCCUUCUUAUUUUCACAGGGAGAGAGAGAGAGAGAGAGUGGCCCAGUAGAUAGAAAUCUUCAAUCUUUAGUUGAGUUUGAUGAGGAUCCAAGCUUCUUCAAUGGGGUUAUCAAACCUCUUACUUUAUUUUUCGAUUUUUUGUAUUUGAUAGUCAUAAUCACUUUUGCUCUUUUUGGCCUAUUUUUUUGUGGCUUUUGCUCUGUUCUGUAGUGUAAGAAAAACUCUGAAUUUUCAAUGAUUCUGAUAAGGGUUCUUCAGGGGGAGUGAUUCAGGAUGUGGGUCUAAGGGUAUUACUUCAUGAGGAACCUCAACGAAGAUUCUAGCUGCAGUAGCUGGCCCUUAUCUUAUGGAGAUAAGAACUUAACAAAUGUGCAAUGUUACAAUGGGUUCACGCCGAGGAUUAUAACAGAUGGAUAUCCUGGGUAUGAUAAGAAUGCUUUAAGGCAGAAAAUACUUGAACAUGAGGCGGUUUUCAAGAAUCAGGUUAAUGAACUCCAUCGUCUUUAUGGAAUUCAAAGGGACAUGAUGGAAGAAAUCAAAAGGAAAGAACUACAUAAACAUUGGGAAUCAGUCGGACCAUCAUCGUCAUCAAGUCGUCAAGUAUCUCAAAUGCCACAGGACAACACUCAAACAUGGUGUACAACGGGCUCCCCCUUGUUAAAUUCUGGUUAUGGUAAAACAUCCACUUCAGGAGUCGAAAUUGUUAAUUCUCCUCUGAGUUGUACAAAAGGGUACAAUAUGCCGGCUGGUCAUAGCCCAUUGCAAAAUGGGUGUUCUUCAAAGGAUUUUGAAGAAUUGAACUUGAGACCCACUAAGAUAAGGAAGAAGUUGUUUGAUCUUCAACUUCCGGCUGAUGAGUACAUUGAAACUGAAGAAAGGGAAAAGUUACAAGACAACAAAAUAUCCAGCAUUUUGAGUUACACUUCGAAUGAAGAUCAAAAAGUUAUACCCGAAAGAAGUAUGGAGAUUUUCCUUGGUGCCUCCGCUAAUGGAAAGACUUGUCACCAGAAAGAUGCUUCGGGUUCUGGGUCCUGUUUGAGGAGCUUUUCUGGUUUGGCAGAUCUAAAUGUACCUGUUCAGCUUGACGAAGCAACAGCUCCUUCAUCAGCUGAUUUUCUUGGUCAUACUUCCAACCAUGGAGAGGAGAUUAAACGCAUAAGUCAGUCUACUAAACCAAAUGUGGGAUUUCCUUUCUUAAAUUCGUUUCGUGAUAGCAAAGUCAAUGCAAGGGGGUUGCUCUCCCAUAUGAAUGAAGCAGGGCCCAGUAAAGGCAACCCGAAUUUGGUAACUCAAAGUUUCCAAAAAGAUAAGGUUACUAUACCUUCUCAUCCUGCAGAAGUCCUGCUUAACCAGGCUCAUCAUCCUCCUGGAUUAUAUCCAACUGGACAUAGUGGGGAAGUUAUAUGGAGAAAUGGGCUGGACCAUGGUUUAGAAUCCUCAAAUAGGAAUAGCAGUUGCUCCAAUUACAGCCAUUUGGAUCCUGCUGUGGCUUCUCAUAUCCCCGAUCCAAACCCAUUUGUUCAUUCUGGUUUUGCAAAUUCACUGUCUCACUCUGUCCCAUCUUGGGCAAAGCCAACAAGUAGCCUUGGUCAAAAGAUAACCACAUUGAGUAGGAGUAUGCAGCCAUCUACUCAAAGUCAGGAAUCUUUUGGAGACAAGUGGAAUGGUAGUUAUCGGUUGAAUCCAGGCUCAGAAAGUGAUGUGGCAAUCUGUAAUGGGUUCUAUCAUGGGUCUGUCUCAGGAUCCAAAGAACCAGUUCAUUUACCUUCAUCCGGCUUUGAUUUUCUUAAGUGUGGUAGGGGUGAUAAUGUUGCAUCUGAACGCUCAGUGAAUCCUGGAUUUGAGAAGUUUCUUAAUGGUGCCAAUCAUGUGAACUUGAACGGGGUAACGACACAGAGUUCUCCAAAUGAGGCUGUUUCUCAGAAAUAUUUUAAUAUGAUGGAUAGAAAUAGUGCUGCCAAAGACCAUUUAUCGGUGUUUCCUUGGCUUGGAUGCAAAACAGUUGACAAAAAGGAGGCUGCCAAAGCUAGGAAGCUAGAGCACUCUGAAAUCUUGGGUUCCCUUCAAGCUUUUUCUAAUCCAUUGCAUUUUAGGAGUGAAACAGUAAGAGAUCUUAAUCAAGUGUUCACUUCAAAUAUCUCUCUGGCUUCAAAUGAUUGUGAGAUCAAGGCUAAGGGGGAGAUAGGCAAGACUGAGAAUAGUCAGAAAAUUCUCGGGUUUCCGAUUUUUGAAAUCCUCAAUACCCCUAAGCAUGAGUCAUCAUCACUUUCUACCUCAGUGACUCUUGAUUGCCCUUCUGAAGGAAAGAAUGUAAAAAAUGAAAAGAAAAAUAUAUUAAUUGAUAUUAAUCUUGCUUGUGAAUCCGAGGAGCAGAUAGAUGCUGAAGAACUGAUUGUAGAGAACAAACAGCAUUCGAUGGGUACCAUUAUCAGGAGUCAAAUUGAUUUGAACACUUGUAUUACUGAGGAUGAAGAUCCAUCUGCACCUUCUGUUGCAAGCAACAGCGCCAAUGUGAAGGUCGUAAUGGAGAUAGAUCUAGAAGCCCCGGUUCUUCCUGAGAUGGAGGAUGAUAUUAUACCUGGCAAAGAAGAUAGACAAAAUAAGGCAUCUUUGCAAUGUACUGAAAAUAAGGCCGAGCAUGUACAGGAUGAAGUUGUCAGGAAUGCGGCCAAAACAAUAUUUGUCAUCUCAUCAUCUUGCCAGCAAAUUCGCAGUGAGGAUACAAUUUGUUACUUGUCAGAAGCUUCUUUGGCAGAAUCAAUCCUCUGGUUCGCAGAUGUUGUCUCGUCAUGUGCGAAUGAAUUGAAAGGAAAAGAUGAUGCAACUAUUCAAGAUCUUCCCAAGGAGAUAGACGAUUUUGAGGCCAUGACAUUGCAACUCACGGAGACCAAGGAAGAAGACUACAUGCCUAAGCCAAUUGUUCCCGAAAUCUUAAAUGUUGAAGAAAUGGGAACCACUUCAUUACCAAGUAGAUCCCGAAGGGGCCACGCGAGGAGAGGAAGGCAACGGAGGGACUUUCAGAGGGACAUCCUUCCCAGUUUGGCAUCAUUGUCAAGGCAUGAAGUCACCGAGGAUAUUCAGAUAUUUGGAGGGCUGAUGAGAGCCACUGGCCAUUCUUGGAAUUCGGGAUUGAUUAGAAGAAAUGGCACGAGAAAUAGUGGAGCUCGGGGAAGGCGAUGUAAACUCGUUGACACUACGCCCGCACCUGUUGAAAGUCCGGUUUGCACUCCGCUGAUGCAAAAACUUAACAAUGUUGAGGUUGGUUUGGAGGAUAGAAGCCUAACAGGGUGGGGAAAGACAACUAGACGUCCCCGCCGACAAAGAUGCCCUGCAGGUAAUCCUCUAAUCGUCUCCUUAACCUGAAAUGGAUAAGAGGUAAAUGUAUUGCUUUCCCUCAGCAAGACCUUAGGAAGCUUGUUUAAUGACGUUCGGGAAUGAGUUGAUCGAUAAAUGUCAUUGUAGCUUAUAAUUUGUGACUUGGUAUCAUAUAGAAAUAAUGUUGUCUGAUUUUCUUUUGGAUACACUCCGAAUAUCUUCUGUGAGGUAAAUUAUGUUAGACAGAAUACAAAUUUUUUUUGGUCUUGAAACGUCUGUAAUAGCAAGGCUAAAACCUGUGGUAUUGCUCUAUUUUCACUAAAUAAACAUUAGGUGUGUUUGUAAGUACUCUUUCGUUAUCGUACAAGGGUCGAGCUUAGUACUCAACAUAAUUGAAGA